CCGGCGGCCGCCGCCGCUCUUGUCUCCUGCUCCGCCGCCUCUUCCUCUCUCCCUCUUUCCCUCCCGCCCGCAGUCAUCGCCGGGGCGCGCGCCAUGGCGGAGCCGCCCGCUUCUCCCGCCUCGCCAGGAGCUCAGCCCGCGGCCAAUGCAACCCCCGCCGCCGUCUUUCAGCGGCUGCUCUUCACUCACGACCUGGUGUCCGGCCGCUAUCGGGGUUCGGUGCGCUUCGGCCUAGUCCGUGUCAUGCAUGGCGAGGAUUCCGACUCGGAGGAAGAGGACGGAGGCGGCGGCGGCGGCGGACGAGGCCCUGGCGGCUCCGGGGGAGGCGGCCCCGGAGGUGGCGGAGGAGGAGGAGCCGGCAGCUCCGGCGGCUCCGAGUCCGGGGGCCCGGCCGGGGGCGAGGAGAGUCGCGGGAGCCCCCUCCGCCGCGGGUACGUGCGAGUCCAGUGGUACCCGGAGGGCAUCAAGCAACACGUUAAAGAGACCAAGUUGAAGCUCGAAGACAGAUCAGUGGUGCCUCGAGAUGUCGUCAGGCAUAUGGGCUCACGUGAUAGCCAGUGUGGGACAGUUGUUGAUGUCAAUAUCGAGUGUGCAGUAAAACUGGUAGGAACCAACUGCAUCCUGUAUCCUGUUAACAGUAAAGAUCUUCAGAAUAUCUGGCCCUUUAUGUACGGUGACUGCAUAGCCUAUGACUGGUGGCUUGGAAAGGUGUAUGAUUUAAAGAACCAAAUCAUUCUGAAGCUCUCCAAUGGUGCAAGAUGUUCUAUGAGCACAGAAGAUGCAGCAAAACUCUAUGACGUCUGCCCACAUGUCAGUGAUUCAGGCCUGUUUUUUGAUGAUUCAUACGGCUUUUAUCCUGGACAAGUUCUCAUUGGUCCUUCAAAAGUCUUCUCAAAUGUGCAGUGGCUUUCAGGAGUGAAACCUGUACUCAGUACGAAGAGCAAAUUCAGAGUUGUGGUAGAAGAGGUACAAGUAGUAGAACUGAAAGUUACUUGGAUCACUAAGAGCUUCUGUCCUGGAGGAACUGAUAGUAUAAGCCCACCCCCAUCUUUAAUCACCCAAGAGAAUUUAUCUAGAGUAAAACGUCUGGGUUGUUUUGACCAUGCUGAGCGGCAGCUUGGAGAAAGGUGUCUGUAUGUAUUUCCGGAGAAAGUGGAGCCAGCAAAAAUCACCUGUGAAUGUCCAGAGAGAAACUGUGUUCUGGGAGAAGGGUCAGCUUCUAAGAAGAUGGCCUGUCCUUGUUUCAUAUCCAAUGUAAAGCCUGAAAAGGUAAGGAGACUACUGAAGAAGCAAAUAGUGAAGAUCAUGUCAUGUUCCCCAGACGCUCAGAGAACCCUUGAUCUCCCUGAAGGAGAAUCUGCGGCAGCAGGUGACCAACAGUCUGAACAUCUUAAAGCCAACUUGAAAUGUGGAGCAGAGGACUCUAAUGUCAGUGACAUUAUAGGCUUGCAGGACACAAAAAGAGAGCACAUUGAUGAAACAAGGAAAAGCUUGUCUUGUGAAGUAGUGGGGCUGCAGUUGCAACCAGCCUUUGUCCUGAAACGGGAGGAUGGCUCCUCAGAUUACAAUCUGCAGUCUAUAGAACAGGAUGCUGAUGAUGAAGCAGCCGAUGACACAGAUGACACCAGCUCUGUAACAUCUUCUGCCAGCUCCACAGCCUCUUCUCAGAGCGGCAGCGGUACAGGACGCAAAAAGAGUAUCCCACUUUCUAUUAAAAACCUCAAGAGGAAACAUAAGAAAAAGAAAACCAAGGUUUCCCGGGAAUUUAAACCAGGUGACAGGGUUGCUGUAGAAGUGGUGACCACGAUGACGUCAGCAGAUGUGAUGUGGCAGGAUGGCACAGUGGAGAAAAAUAUUCGUUCCAAUGAGCUCUUUCCUGUCCAUCAUUUGGACAACAAUGAGUUUUGCCCUGGGGAUUUUGUAGUAGAUAAAAGAGCUCAGAGUUCUCAGGAUCCUGGUAUGUACGGAGUGGUGCAGUCAGGCGACCAUGUUGGUCGCACCUGUGUGGUGAAAUGGUUCAAGCUGAGACCUAGUGGAGAUGAUGUGGAGCUGAUUGGGGAGGAGGAGGAUGUCAGCGUGUAUGACAUUGCCGAUCACCCAGACUUCCGCUUCCGUACAACUGACUUUGUAAUCCGCAUUGGCAAUGCUGAGGAUGGUGCUUCGAUUGGUGAAAAUGAGCCCUCUGUUGGACAGGUGGCCCGAGUGGAUUUCAGCAGUAAAGUAGAAGUUGUAUGGGCAGAUAAUUCCAGGACAAUUGUUCUGCCGCAGCACUUGUACAAUAUAGAAUCUGAAAUGGAUGAAGAGACAGACCUUGAUUCCAUAGAUGGUAGCACUAGUUGUGCUUCUUCAGAUGAAUGGGAGGAUGAGAGUGAUAGCUGGGAGACAGAUAAUGGUCUCAUGGAAGAUGACCACACAAAAAUUGAAGAAGUUGAACCUGAGGAACUACCUGUAGAAGAGGUGAAAAAGGUAGAAGAACAAGUACAAGGUGCUGUGGCAAUGGCUGUGGCUGAUCUAACAACAGAUAAAUCGGGCAAGGAAGGAACCCCAAAGAGUUUCCGAGAGUUGAAGGAGGCCAUCAAGAUUUUGGAAAGUUUAAAGAAUAUGACAGUUGAACAACUGCUGACAGGCUACCCAACCUCUCCCACAGUUGAGCCAGAAAAGCCUACUCGGGAAAAGAAGUUUCUAGAUGAUAUAAAGAAGCUGCAGGAGAAUCUGAAGAAAACUCUGGACAACGUAGCUAUUGUGGAAGAAGAAAAGAUGGAGGCAAUGGCAGAGGCAGAGAAGAAAGAAGAGAGAGAAGUUCAGACACAGACACCAGUGGCAUCAGAAUGGCCCAGCGAAACACCAGUGCUAUGUCAGCAGAGUGGAGGCAAGCCUGGUGUUACCUUCACCAGUGCCAAGGGAGAAGUCUUCUCGGUGUUAGAGGGUGCUCCAGAUAGCCAUGCCUUUAAGAAGAUGGAGUUUCAGCCUCCAGAAGCCAAGAAAUUUUUCAGCACAGUGAGGAAAGAAAUGGCUUUGUUAGCAACUUCAUUGCCAGAUGGUAUCAUGGUCAAAACAUUUGAAGACAGAAUGGAUCUCUUCUCAGCACUAGUCAAAGGACCUACGCGCACACCGUACGAAGAUGGCCUCUUUUUAUUUGACAUCCAACUCCCCAAUAUCUAUCCAGCUGUGCCCCCACUCUUCCGUUACCUCUCCCAGUGCAGUGGCAGACUGAAUCCCAAUUUGUACGACAACGGAAAGGUUUGCGUAAGCCUUCUGGGUACUUGGAUAGGCAAGGGCACAGAGAGAUGGACCAGUAAAUCUAGCCUUCUCCAGGUGCUCAUCUCAAUCCAAGGACUUAUCCUAGUCAAUGAGCCUUAUUACAAUGAGGCUGGUUUUGACAGUGACCGGGGCUUACAAGAGGGCUACGAAAACAGCCGAUGCUACAAUGAAAUGGCUUUGAUCCGUGUGGUGCAGUCAAUGAUGCAACUGCUGCGCAAGCCCAUAGAAGUCUUUGAGCAAGAGAUCUAUGAGCAUUUCUGCUGUAAUGGUUGGCGCCUGAUCCACCGUAUUGAGUCCUGGGUGGAGACCAAUGAACUGGUGGAGAGGAGCCAUGAUCACGUCGGUCUGGCAGAGUCUUCCUUUGCGCAUUCAGCAGGAGGCAUUCUGGCUGAGAGUCCUGUAGACAGUAUGGGGCCAUUGGGAGAGCAAGAGUUAGGGGCUGCUGGAGCAGCUAGCCAACUCUCUGAUGGCAAGGAGGAGCUGGAAGACUCCGGUUGUGGAAUGUCAACAGUGGCUGCUAGUGACACCCAUCAAUGUUCAGACUCUGAGAGCAUGGGCCAGGCCAGAGAAGCACAUUUUGCCAGAGACGUAACAGAUGAGGGUAAAGCCACUCAGGACUUUGCUGCUCAGCCAAGUGUGAAACCAAAGAAAAGGAGAAAGAGCUACAGGAGCUUUCUCCCUGAGAGGAGUGGCUACCCUGAUAUUGGGUUCCCCCUGUUUCCAUUGUCUAAAGGGUUCAUAAAAAGCAUCCGUGGUGUCUUGCAGCAGUACCGGGCUGCCUUAGUGGAGGCUAGUAUCCCCGAGUGGACAGAAGAUAAAUAAA